UAACGAUGCGGCGGGAGUCGGCUAGCGUAGACGGUCCUUUUCGCGGGGGCGCCGCGACACCCGCAGCACGCAAGACCUCAGGGCCGGCGCGGCCGUGGCGCGUGUCUGUCACGAACAGGACUCUUAAAAAAGAGUUUAUUUGGAUCGGUUUGUCAUUGUGAGGAAGAAGAAAAAAAAAUGUCUCAAAAGCAGAUGAAGGAAGCUUUUGUCAGUAACCACAAUGGAACCAGCGUGCUGGAAGUCACCCAGGGCUUGUGCCUGCCUGCACUGUGUGUCCUGUGCAGAGGGCUCCUGAUCAUUCUCUCACAGCACUUGGGUUUUUCACAUACCUGGAGAACUCGAUUCUUCAUUGACUUUGUUUUCCUAAUAGUUCCCCCGGUGGCCACUUUGACCAUUUUGUCUUCAUUUGCCCUCGUGGAGUACUUUGCUGUGAUUAUCCUUGGGGCAGUUCUGUUCUAUCAAAUAUACUGCAGGAGAACUUGCUAUACCAGAAUGCCUGUCCAGAAAGUCCUUGAAAAAUUCUUCAAAGUCAGUCUAGAAUCAGAAUACAUUCCAGCCAUCUCCUGUUUCCGUGUAAUUAAUGGUGCAUUUACAGCUAUUGCCAUCUUGGCUGUGGACUUUCCACUUUUUCCUAGAAGAUUUGCCAAAACUGAGCUCUAUGGGACAGGGGCAAUGGAUUUUGGAGUAGGAGGCUUUGUAUUUGGGACUGCAGUGGUUUCUCCAGAGGUUAGGAGAAAAUACAUAGAAGGGUCCAGAUUUUACUAUUUUACAAAGUCAUUGUACUCUGUUUGGCCAUUAGUCUUCCUAGGAGUGGGACGAUUAGUCACUGUAAAGUCCAUAGGCUAUCAGGAACAUCUAACUGAAUAUGGAGUUCACUGGAACUUUUUCUUUACCUUAAUAGUUGUGAAAUUGGUAACAUCACUGCUUUUGAUUAUUUUCCCCCUAAAUAAAUCCUGGAUUGUGGCUAUCAGCAUUAUUGUAUUAUACCAGCUAGCCCUUGACUUUACCCCACUGAAAAGAUUAAUUUUGUAUGGCACUGAUGGCAGUGGCACUAGGGUUGGUUUGUUAAAUGCCAACAGAGAAGGAAUAAUAUCUACCUUCGGGUAUGUGGCAAUACACAUGGCUGGUGUACAAACAGGGUUAUAUGUGCUUAAAAACAGAUCAAAUAUCAAAGACUUGGUACAAGUAGCCUAUUGUAUUCUACUGACAGCUCUAAGCCUCUUCAUAGCUCUUUACAUAGUUCAGGCAAAUGUAGAAGUAGUAUCUCGAAGAAUGGCCAAUUCAGCCUUUUGUAUCUGGAUAGUUGCAUCUAGCCUGAUUCUUCUUAGUAGUUUAUUACUGGGUGAUAUAAUUCUGAGUUUUGCCAAAUUUCUUAUUAAAGGGGCUCUAGUCCCAUGCUCUUGGAAACUUAUCCAGUCACCUGCUACUAAUAGAAAGCAUUCAGAACCUUUAGUUUCUGAAGCUGAAAAGAAAGAACCCAGUCUUUGCUUAAUCACAGCUAUGAACAGAAACCAGUUAAUUUUUUUCUUGCUGUCAAAUGUAACAACUGGCUUGAUCAACCUGUUGAUAGAUACAUUACACAGCAGUACCUUGAGGGCCUUAUUUGUGCUCAAUCUGUAUAUGUUUACCAACUGUUUAAUUAUCUAUGUGCUACACUUGCAAGAUAAGACUAUAAAAUUUUGGUGAUCAAUAGGGAUAAGAUGCCUGUGUUGAUCAUUAUUAUUUUAAUAUGAAGAAUAAAUAUUAAAUGUGAAGAAAACAGACUUGGCAAUUAUUGUUAACUAUAUUUUGAAAAAUUAGGAGUCUCAAACCUCUAACAGUAGUGAUGCUUAAUAUUUUAAUGUAUCAACAUUAUGGAAAACAAACCAAUAGAGAAGAAACAACGCCUUCUGACACGAUAGAAAUUUACUAAAUUUAAGUAUUUUAAAGAAACUUUGCAGUUAUGACACUGGAAGAUUGGAGGGUGGGGAGGAUUUUUACAUUCCAUCCUGUAUCACCUUAUUCCAUCCUGUAUUUUUUAUUGUAUUGCUUUUAUAAUAAAGUUUACCUUAGAAAAUCUC